GUCGCGGAUAGGAGCACGUGAUCAAGCUUGCUGCCCUUGAGCCGAGCAGACUGAAGGGAAAGGUAGAACCGACACAAUGAGCUCCGGGGUAAGAGAAUGGACUACUACAGCCUCCGUGGUGGUUGCUGCAGCUGCCGUGGGAUAUCUCGCCUACAAAUCCCUCUGCUGUAAAGAGAAAUGCUGCAAGGCCAUGGUGAACCUUGAGGUCCAGAAGGACGAUCCAAAGGUGGUACACGCAUUUGACAUGGAAGACUUGGGAGAUAAAGCGGUCUACUGCCGCUGCUGGAGGUCCAAAAAGUUUCCAUAUUGUGAUGGCGCACACACAAAGCAUAACGAGGAAACCGGCGACAACGUGGGCCCCUUAAUCAUCAAGAAAAAGGAAUCGUAAAGCGACAAGGAGCCUCCAUAGCUCUGAUCCAUCUGGAUAUUCUAUUGUGCUGUGGUUCUGUAGCAUCAUUCUGCCCAUCUAGGAAUUCUUUUGGGAUAAUCCUGUGUAUAAGAAAGGUGACUGCCCCAGUGUAUGUCACCUGCCUUAAAUGUCUCUAUCCCUCUGCAAAUUAGGGCCCAGUGCCACAUUGGAGGGGGUGCAGUAAAUAAUAAUAAUAAUUCCUAUGGUUUUAAAGUAAUUACUAUCAUCCCAAAAUCUCAUAAAAUUGAGUGUUCUAUGAAAAAAAUGUGCUCAGCAGAUAUGAUCUCUUAUCUCUCUAUAUACCUAUUAUAAAUGUUACAGUAAAUGUUACAAUAAAUUGUUACAGUUGCACAUGACAUA